AACGACGAUAGCGCCAUAGCGCCUAUUCUGGCCUUAUCAUGGUUCUCUGCUCUGAUAACCAAUCUGCCCGGCCAACCACCUGCUAACUUCAAGCAGUACGCUGGAUACUAUACAGUCGGACCAACAAAGAAUCAUCAGCUGCAUUACUGGUUUGUUGAGUCUCAGAAUAACCCUAGCACUGAUCCAGUUCUUGUGUGGUUGACUGGUGGCCCUGGAUGUUCCGGCCUAUCUGCUCUGCUGACCGAAUGGGGGCCGUUCAUGGCCAAUCCUGAUGGAGCGACACUGUCUGUGAACCCAUACUCAUGGAAUAAGAACGCCUCGAUUCUUACUUUGGAAGCUCCUGCUGGUGUUGGUUAUUCAUUUGCCACUGACGGAAACGUCAAAACUGAUGACGAUCAGACUGCCAGCGAGAAUUGGGAAGCUUUGAAGGCUUUCUUUGGCGAAUUCCCACAGUAUCUGAAAAAUGACUUUUAUGUAACCGGAGAAUCUUAUGGAGGUAUCUACGUGCCCACUCUGGUACAGACGAUUCUGGAUAGACAGUCCCAGUUCGCUAUAAACAUCAAGGGCUUCGCGAUUGGCAACGGUUGUGUGUCCGACAAUGACGGCACCGACGCACUGAUCAACUUCGAAUACGCUCACGGAAUGAUUGAUGACAACAAAUGGCAAAGAAUCAAAUCACAGUGUUGCAACAACGAUACCGACAGCUGUCCGUUCCACUCCUUCAAUGGAUUAGACUCGUGUUCAUUAUUCGUACAGCUCACAACAAUGGCAGCAUGGGAAGGUGGAAUAAAUCCAUACAAUAUGUAUGACAGCUGUAUCAAUGUUCCUGGUAUCGAAGUGUCCAAACGAUUCCGGUUGGACUAUAAACAGCGUACAGGAAAAGACCUUGAUGUCUCACAGGUACUCUUGUCUUCCGUUCCAUGCAUGAAUGAGACUGCUGUGACUGUAUAUUUGAAUCGUCCAGACGUUCGAAAAGCGAUAGGGGUUCCCACUACCGUUGGGCCAUGGUCCAUUUGCAGUGACGAGAUCAGCAACACCUACAGAAAACAGUAUGGUGAGAUGGACACACGAGUUAUGAAUGCACUAGGGCAAGGACUCAAAGGAAUGCUCUACAGCGGUGAUGUCGAUAUGGCAUGCAAUUUCUUGAUGGGACAAAGAUUUUCACGCAAGCUUGGGUUGAAGAAACACUUCAUUGUUGAUGGACAGAUUGGUGGUUUCCACACGCGUUACGAUGGUCUUGACUUUGUUACCGUUAGGGGUGCUGGUCAUAUGGUGCCCACUGAUAAGCCGUCUGUUGCAUAUCACAUUAUCAGCUCGUUCCUCUUCAAUCAGCCGUUCUGA